AUGUCUAUCCCGACUGAGCAGUGGGCGCAGGUCGUCGAGAAAACCGGCAAGAACCCCGUCUACAAGAAGAUCCCCGUUGGCAAGCCCGGCCCCAAUGAGGUCCUGAUCAACAUCAAGUACUCCGGCGUGUGCCACACCGACCUGCACGCCAUGCUGGGCGACUGGCCCCUGCCCACCAAGCUGCCCUUGGUCGGUGGUCACGAGGGAGCCGGCGUCGUCGUUGCCCGCGGCGAGAUGGUCAAGGAUGUCGAAAUUGGCGACCACGUCGGCGUGAAGUGGAUCAACGGCUCGUGCCUGUCGUGCUCGUUCUGUCGCCAAAUGGACGAGCCCCUCUGCGAGAAGGCCACGCUCUCCGGCUACACCGUCGACGGCUCGUUUCAGCAGUACGCCGUUGCCAACGCCGACCACGUUGCCCGCAUCCCCAAGCACGUCGACCUCGAGGCCGUUGCUCCCGUCCUGUGUGCCGGUAUCACCGUCUACAAGGGCCUCAAGGAGUCGGGCGCUCGCCCCGGCCAGUAUGUCGCCGUUGUCGGUGCCGGUGGCGGUCUCGGCAACAUGGCCAUCCAGUACGCCAAGGCCAUGGGCCUGCACGUCAUUGCCAUUGACGGCGGCGACGAGAAGCGCGACAACACCCUGUCUCUGGGCGCCCAUACCUUUGUCGACUUCACCAAGAGCAAGGACGUCGUCGCCGACGUCAAGGCCGCCACCCCUGACGGCCACGGUCCGCAGGCUGUCAUCGUCCUGGCUGUAGCUGAGAAGCCCUUCCAGCAGGCUACCCAGUACGUUCGCCCCCACGGCACCGUCGUCUGCAUUGGUUUGCCGGCCAAUGCCUACGUCAAGGCCGCCGUUUUCGAGACCGUCGUCCGUAUGGUCACCAUCAAGGGCAGCUACGUCGGAAACCGCCAGGACACCGCCGAGGCCAUUGACUUUUUCGCCCGUGGCCUGAUCAAGGCUCCCUACAAGACCGUUGGCCUCAGCGAGCUGUCCAAGGUCUACGAGCUCAUGCACGCAGGCAAGGUUGUCGGCCGCUACGUCGUCGACACCAGCAAAUAA